AUGGCGGUCGAUAAUCGCCGCCAUAAGACCUCUUGGCAUUGGAGUUGUGCCAGUCGAUACUGUAAAGCGUCCUGGAAAACGGAAGGAGAAUAUUAUACCUUAACUAAAGUUGCUUCAGCUAGUAAACCUGUUGUCGAAGCUUAUUUGUUUGUCCUCGGGAAAACCAUAAACGAAGUCAAUUUUAAGAGACAAGUGAUUUGUACACAACAUUGGCCCAAAGGCGUACGAAAAAACCUGGAAGAUCCGCCUUCAAUUAAAUACACAAAUGUGCAAGGAAAAGAGACUAAAGAAGGUCGUGAACAUUGGAACUGUGCUGCAGCUCUGUGUACAAACUCCUGGCGAACUAAACUCGAGGGAUUACAAUACUAUCGUUUAAGUGACUUCGCUCAAUGCAAAGACAAACAACAUGCUUAUUAUAAAGUAUUAAUGAACAAAGCAGUUGACUUCAAACGCGAUUUUAUAUGUUCAGUACACUGGUCGAAAGGAUUUAGAGACAACUUGGAUGAUCUUCCAGAUAGAGCUUGCCACCCGGACUACGUGAAUAAACAAACAACAAAGAAAGUGACACCACAAAGUAAAAUUGCUGCUGCAAAACGUUCUCUGAGUACGACUAAGCAAACAAACACCAAGAGAAGGAAACUCAUACGUUCAUCCUGUUCACUUGACUUAAAUUCAGAUGAAUCUAAAUUUGACAUAAUGCAAAAAGGAUUACAAGAGCUCAAAGAAAAGCUAGAGAACAAAACCGAAGAGGCAAACAGACUGUCUCAGCAAGUGAAAGACCUCACUGAAAAAAAUGACAGUUUAAGCAAGCAGAUUGCACAAUUUAAAGGGAAGAUGAAAGACUUGACAUUUUCAUAUGAAUGUCUCAAGUUACGACCCAAAUAUUUUUUUAACUGUGGAUUAACUGUUGAUGAUUUUAAUUGUGUUUUGGAAUGCAUCGAGCCAUAUAUUUCUGUAAUAAUUUAUCCUGAUUGCAAAACUAACCAAGAUGGGCAAAGAAAACUCACAAAGAGAACUGAAUUGUGGUGUUAUUUUACAAUAUGCCGUCAUACAUUGCACCUUGGAGUCAUGGCUUUCCUCACGAACACAAGUGAUUCAACUAUAUCCCGUAUUUUUUCUGCAUGGUCAAUAUUUCUUUCAACUCUUUUUGACUCUAUUGACCUCAGUCCAUACCCAGGGGAAGUUAUUUCAUUGUUACCCAAAGAGUUUUGGUCUUCUGGUUUUCAGGACACUGUACUAUUAGGGGACUGUACAGAAAACUGGGUCUCAUCGCCUGAAAACUAUGAUGUGAGUAGUGCAACAUUUAGUAAUUACAAGAACCAUGACACUGGUAAGACAGGCAUAUGGAUGACUCCAUAUGGUGGCUUGGUGAUGUGUACAGAUACCUAUCCUGGAGGAAUAACAGACAAUGAAUUAACUGAACAAUGUGGAGUUUUAGAUAUGGUAAAAGAGAAGGGUACCACUGUACUCACUGACAAGGGGUUUGGCAUUAAAGACUUAUGCCACUCAAAAGGACUGCUUCACAAUCGGCCACAGAUGAAAAUGAAUCCUCAGUAUGAUGAAAGUGAGAUUAGCAAAAAUUUUGAUGUUGCUACACUGCGCAUUUAUAAUGAAAACUUUAUUGGCCGUAUGAGAGACUGGUCAAUCUUAAAUGCAUGCUGGCCAAAGAAUAGAUGUGACCUUCUGAGUUGCACCUAUAAGGUAUUUGCUCACAUCGUCAAUAUGUUAUUUGACCCUAUUGCACCAAAGGAA